AUGCAGUCGUUCUACACGCCCGCAACCUCCAACCACAUCUCCUCCCAUGGCACUGUCGCUGUCGAUGAGCUUAUAAACAAGUACUCCUCCACCAUGGCUACGGCGACAUGUCCCGCCAGCACCCAUACCAUGCGCAAGAGGCGCCGCAAUAUCCUUCAGCGCGCCACGGACCGCGUACGACUAGAGUACUAUCGGUACGAGGUUACCUUCGGCCUCUAUGUCAUGACACCAGCAGAAAAGCUUGUCGCAAACACGUUUGUUUUUGUUUUUCUCAGUCUCCUGCUCUGGGCUUCGCUGGUCUACUUCCCCGGCUUGCUUUACCAGAAGCUGUCUCGUCUCGUCUGGUUGUUGACCGGCCAGAGCGGUGAAGAGAUGGGAGCUGCCUUGGGAAUUUUGGAUACACACGCAACUUCAAUACCGCCGUUUACUUCCGAGAGAGCAUUGUCAUGA